CUCUUUUCCGUCCUAGCUUGAGAAGACCUCGCAAACAUGACUUUGAGACCACCCACUCUCUUCUUCCUCCCCUUCCUUCUCUUCCCCUUGGCAGCUUCCCACAACAUCACCAGGAUCCUCGCCCAGUUCGACGACUUCUCCACCUUCAACAGCCUCCUCACUCAAACCCAGCUGGUCUCUGACAUCAACAGCCGCCGCACCAUCACCGUCCUCGCCGUCGACAACGGUGCGGCCUCGUCCGUCUCCAGCCGCCCCACCGACGAACUCAAGAAGAUCCUUUCGGUGCACGUCGUACUUGACUACUACGACGACGCGAAGCUCCACAAACUCCCCAACCACACCGCCAUUCUGACCACGCUCUUCCAGGCCACCGGCCUCGCCUCCGGCCGGAACGGGUUCCUCAACGUGACCAACAUGGGCAACGGGCAGAUUGCCUUCGGCUCCGCCGUGCCGGGCUCGUCCCUGGUCGCUAACUUCGUCAAGGUCGUGGCGACGCGGCCCUACAACAUCUCGGUCAUCCAGAUCAGCAGCGUCAUCGUCCCGCCCAGCAUCAGCGGUGGGGCCAGCAACCACAGCACAUCGCCGACGGCAGCGCCAGUCGCGGCACCUGCGCCGGCGAAUGCAACACUGACACCGACGCUGGCCCCUUCCAAAGACGCCCCAUCACCAACUCCCGACGCAGCGUCUCCGAGUGACGUGUCGAACGGGCCCUCACCGGCGGACGCACCGGCAGACGCACCGGCUUCAGACACUCCUGUGGCGUCACCGCCGGGCCCAAUGAGCCCGGACGGAUCACCGGCCGGAGCUCCGUCGAACGACGCCGACGCUCCGGCAGGUGAAUCUUCAGCCGCCGAGCGUGUGGUUGCUGGUGCUGGAGUUGCUAUUACCAUGGCUUUCGCCAUGUUAGGUUCUCUCCAAAUGAGUUAAGAGAGAGCGACAGAGACCUUUAGUGUUACGUACGUACAUGACCAAGCAUGCAUCUUUAUUGCAUGGUUUUGCAUGGUCAUGAGAUAGUAUGAGUAUAACACCAAGUAUAGUCACAAAGUAAAGGUCCUUGGUGUGUAAUUGUAUGUCUCUCUGCACUUAAAGCAGACCUGCAAUGUAUGCAUAACUCGAGCGUUUUUGACACACA